AUGGAUGUUUUUUGGACGCUCCCGCCUGUCUCGAGGACCAUCACAGCCUUAGCUGUCGUUGUGUCGGCCUUGGGAUACGGAGGCAUUAUCAGCCUUGGCCACUACAUCUUCGCCACCCAGUUCGUCUUCACGGUGAAGAUUGUUCCGCAGGUAUGGCGUGUCUUCACGGCGUUUCUCAUCACGAAACCGAAGUUCGCCAUCCUGCUUGAUCCAUACUUCUUAUACCAGUAUGGCAGCGCCAUUGAGCGCGAGUCCACGCGCUUCGCGCAGCCGGGCGACUUCUUUGUGUACACUGCCUUUGUCGGCACGGUGAUUGCUGUAAGUCCCUCUGCAUACAUGCGUGUACUCCUUCUAUCUCUAGCUGAAGCGAUUCCUGGAAUCGAGGAAGAAUACCCUUGCACAUCGUGCGGUUCCGUCAUUCGCAUAAUCCAAAAGGGACUUGUGCGGUGUGUGAGCAUGGUGGGAUUGCCACUUGAGAAAGUUCUGCGGAUACUCCAAUUUCGCUGGGCGGUGUUGGCUCCCUACAUACCAUUGCCUAUCUACACAUUUUCUUGUGAUACUCUCGCAGGCGUCAUCCUCAACGGCUACACGUUCCUCCCCGCUCUCUCCCUCGCCUACGCGUAUACUUUCGCCCAGGACAGUCCUACGCGACAGGUCUCGUUCUUCGUUAUCAACUUCGACGCAAAGUACCUGCCCUUCGCCAUGCUGUUCAUGACCUUCAUCAUCGACGGGCCUGACGCGGCGUUGAGCCAGGUUACCGGUAUCAUUGCCGCCCAUCUGUUCGACUUCCUCACACGCAUUUGGCCGACGUUCGGUGGAGGCAAGAACUACAUCUUCACGCCGCAGAUUGUGAAGCGCUGGUUUGGCGCUAGGCCUGGUGUUGCGCAGGCUAGGGGGUACGGACAUGCGGUGGACAACAGGGCGCGCGCUACUCCUGAUGCGCCGAGUGCUGGACGCAGUACUGGUAGUCAGUGGAAUGGCUUGGGACCGGGCCGUCGUCUUGGAGAGUGA